AUGGAUGAAAAGCGAUCUAAAAGCUUGUGUCUCUGGUGUGACGAAAAGUUUACUCCUAAUCACAAGUGCGAGAAAAAGCAAUCUUAUGUGAUGCAUUUGAAUACAGAGGAGGAGGAAGAUGAUGGUAAUGUUGAAGAAAUGGAAAAUAGCAAUGAAGUUCUUGAUGUGCAGUUGUCCCUGAAUGCGAUGUGGGGUAUUCAUGGUUCUCAGACAAUGAAGUUGAAAGACAUCUUGAUAUAUAGUAGGAAUGAGCAAGAGCAUCUUUCUCACUUGCGAAUGGUAUUGGAAGUUAUGAAGGACCAUCAGUUGCUGGCUAAAUGUAAUAAAUGUGCUUUUGGAUGUCGUUCCAUUGAGUAUCUUGGGCAUGUCAUUUCUUUUGAAGGGGUGCAUACUGAUGAAGGAAAAAUAGAAGCUGUCAAAAAUUGGCCUCAACUUAAAAAGGUUAAGCAAUUGCGCAGCUUUUUAGCGUUGACAGCUUACUUUAGACGAUUCAUUAGAAACUAUGGAGGUAUUGCUAGGCCACUUACUGAUAUGUUGAAGGCCCAUUCCUUUACUUGGUCUGAUGAAUCUGUACAAGCCUUCCAGGUUCUCAAGCAGAUGAUGUUACAAGCACCUGUGCUUGCAUUGCUCAAUUUCUCUAAAGGAUUUGUUGUUGAAAAAGAUGCUUCGAGUGUCAGAUUGUCAGAAUUGGUGUAG